AUGGCAGCGGCCCUGAAAAAAAACCAUUCGCGGAGAAGAUUGGCCGCCUUGACAUUCCUCUCGAACAUAUCUCUCGAUGGAAGUCAUCGUGAUACGAAACUGGCUCUCCUUUCGCGCAAGCCCACUUUUGGUGGGGCUGCUGGAAUCGCAGGAGAAAGAAGGGGUGGUGGGGAACACGCGCGAACUUUGAGCGACGGCGGCGAAGCCCGCCGACGAAGCUCGACACCGAGAUUUGAAUUCGAGGAUUCGUUCGAGGAAACUAGCUCGCCUUUAUUAUUGUCAUCGAGACAGCGUAUUGCUCUUGACAGUUCGACGACUAUCGAUCAAGAUGAAAAACAAAGUCAACGACGAGAAUGUCCUUCUGGUGCUGAUUCCUCAUCCUCGCCUCGCGAUUCGUAUAAACAAAUUCAUCGUGCGAACAGUGCGAGACACAGGGAUUCGAUUGGUUCGGACGAAUCUCUCAUUCCCGCUAAGGCGGCUGUGGCUGCAUUUCUCGAACAAGAGAGAAACUAUCCGCAUUUACCCUCUUCCGGAUUGCACACCGGUUCCUUUAGAGAACGCACUGGAACAACUGGCAGCGACUAUUCCAUGCUUGAAAGACGCGUUGGCUCAUUGCAAUACAAGAAACGGAUAAGUCAUCAGACAUCGACGUUAUCUGAAGAUAUAAAGCAUCGAUGCAAUAGCAGUAACGAAAGCAUCGGUUCGCUUCGUUCGAAGUCGCAAUCAACGUCGUCUAAGGCAAAAGGAAAAUCAUCGUGCAAUAAUAGCGUGCAACAAAACGUUAAUACCAAUAAUAUACCGGAGAUCACAAAAGCAAUACGAUUGGUACAACGACCGGCUAACAGACAAAAAUUUGGAGACGACAGGCUGGUCUUGGUUUCCGAUAAAUAUGUUCCGUUUUUGAUAUUCUCGACUCUUCCCUACAACAAGGGUCGUUCAAGCUGGUCCGAAUUGAGGAGAGAUACAGGAAGAAGGAAAAACGUUUCAUCGCAAAGACCUCUGUCCGCUAUCAAUGACACUAUCGAUCCUUUCGGUCUUCUCGGUAUAGAAAGAGCUAAAGACGGACAGGAAAUUUCUUAUGAACGAUUGUUGGUGCCAUCGAGACAAUUUCAAAAAGAGAGAAAAUUAUGCUCGACCGAGAGUGAAACAAUAGAAUUAUCUCACGUUAUAUCAAACAAGCAUCACCCGGUACAAAGGACAAAAACUAUAACAUGGAACUUGGAUCACACGAAAUGGUGUCUUUCAUACGACACGGCAACACAUCGUUUACAACACAAUGCUCCGGAAUCUCCUCCAUUGUCUUUUGGUGCCGAUCCUAUCAAUAAAUUUUAUGAUUGGGACGAACAAUCCGUGCAGUAUAAUCCAAAUUUGUUAGAUGAUCCAGAGCUUAUUGCAGGAAAACAUAGAACUCUACUCACUUUUACAUCAUACAUGGCAUCGGUGAUUGAUUAUGUCAAACCUUCCGAUUUGAAAAAGGAAUUAAAUGACAAAUUUAAAGAGAAGUUUCCGCAUAUAGAACUAACGCUCAGUAAAUUACGUAGUUUAAAGCGAGAGAUGCGUAAGAUAGCGAAGACGGAAUAUGGGAUAGAUAUGUUGACCGUAGCGAUGGCUUAUGUAUACUUUGAAAAAUUAAUUCUUCGUAAUAUUGUGACUAAACAAACACGAAAAUUAUGCGCGGGUGCUUGUUUGCUUCUUGCAGCAAAAUUAAAUGACGUUAAGGGUGAUGUUUUGAAAUCAUUGAUCGAGAGGAUAGAAAGUGUAUUCCGCUUGAAUCGUAAGGAUCUGAUUACAUCCGAAUUUGCUGUACUCGUCGCAUUAGAAUUUGGCUUACAUCUUCCAAAUUGGGAAAUAUUUCCUCAUUAUCAACGUUUGAUAUACGAAUCUUGACCUUCCUUUUCAUCCUUCUUCAUGCACAGACGUCAAACAUUAUCUUCUUAAUCGUGCAAGAAGUUGAAGAGAGAUAUGUACAUUACAAAAGUUUAACCGUUAUCAUUAACGCUAGGUACAAAGAAAGAAGAAAGAGAUUUAAGUUAAAUCUUUAAAAAAGAACAUUAGUAUGCAUAAACAGCGAUAACACGCUAUCUGUAACAAUUAUACAUCAAUGUGAUAUUGGAAUCGUAAUAGAUAAAAGUAGGAAUAAGUCACGAAAUCUUCAUUCUUACGAAUGCAUGAAUCUAAAGAGCUCAUGAAUUUAAAACAACGUAAUGAAAGAAAGGCAUUUUUACAGGAGAAAAAUAAAAAUAUAAGCUCAACUCAAUAUUUUAGUUUUUAUUUUAUAGUCAUAUCAUUGCAACGAAUUUAUUUUGCUACGCGAAUUAUAAAUAUUCACGAAUGAAUAAUAAAAGAGAUAAAUGAAACUCUUUAGGUUGUAUUCUGAUGAAGGUCAACAAAUUCCGGAGAUUUAAUGUUAUAUAAUGAAAUAAUUUUAGAAUAUCAUUCUUUUUUGAAAUUUAAAUUGAUAAAUACACUGAUCUUAAGAUAAUACAAAAACUAACACGACAUAGAUCUCGUAAUUGAUGCAGUCGUGAUCAAAUUUUAUUAUUUACAUUCAGUUAAUUUGAACUUAAAAUUUAAUUAUUACAUAAUUAUCUCCCACUGUAAUUUUAUUUUUAAUUGUUUUAGUGACAGGGUUAUACAGAUGGGAUUAUCGCGAAUAUUUCACAAUUAUUGGUGUAGUUCUUAAAAUGAAAUGUUUAGUUUUUAUUUUGAGAUUGAUAGUCAAUAAAUUAUAAUAACAAUACAUUUUUAACAAUACGAGCUUGAAUAGUAAAUUUUACGUUGUAUGUAAUUUUAAAGUUUUUUCGAAAAUGUAAUUGUAGAUUUAAUGAUUAAAAAAUUCUGCCUUUUAUAUUUUAAAAAUAAAAACUCAUUUGAAACAUGAUUAUUUUAAAUUAUUUAGCAAUAAAAUGAAAUAGUAUUCAAUAUUUGUUUUGGUUGUAUUUAAAUAUUUUUUAUUUUAUCAGGAUUCUGUGCAUUAGCUUGACUACCAAAUUAAAUAUUUUUUUGACUACUUUAUGUGCUUAUGCACAUAAAAUUUCAAUCAUUAAGUCCAGUAUUGUAUAAAUUUAGAAUGUGCAUUCUAUUACUAAGGUUAAUUCUAGAUCAUGCUUAUCAAAUUCAAUUUAAUGUGAAGAAUAAGUAUAGCAUUUUAUAAAAAAAAAAGAACAUCUUUUUAAUAAUGCCUUAUAUCUAUCUAUUAAUACCUUCACUCAUGAAAAUGGCAAAAAUAUAUAUGUACACCAGUUUAGUCAUAGAUUUCUUCAAUUCUGGUUUUAAUCAUUUUGUCAUAUCCCUGAUAGUUUCAAUGAUAUUUCAGUGGACCAUCUUAAUUGAGCCACUAUGUAUAUUAUUGUAAUGAAUAUUAUACCAAUAAUUAAUUAUUAUUAAUAUUUUAUGUAAAUAUAACGUUUUUACGUGUUUAAUGUUUAUGUAAUCCUUUCGUCUUUUGUUGCCUUGUAUUUGUUAAAAAAGUGAAACUGUGUAUAUUCCUGAAGUAGUACUAAAAAGUAAAAUAAUGUAAAAUGCUCUAUGUAGAUAUAAUUACGAUAUAAUUCCAAUUAAAGAAUUUUUCCAAAGUGA